GUACCACUGAGACAGCGGCUGUACAGGAGUGAACUGUGAUUUAUUCUGUUUUUACUUUUUACUUUAUCUGAACAGACUACAUUAAUUAAGAGACUUGCAUCUUACUUAGGGAGUAAAUGGAGCCCACCACCAGAGUCAACGGCUGUGUGAAGAUGGAGGGGAAGACUGGGUCGAUGCGUGUGCUGGUGACGGGGGGCAGCGGUCUGGUGGGGAAAGCGAUAGAGCGAGUGGUGAAGGAGGAAGGAGGAGCGAGAGAAGGAGAAGAAUGGAUUUUCCUCUCCUCUAAAGAUGCUGAUUUAACAAAUGCUGCAGAGACGUGGGCGAUAUUUGAGAAACAUCGUCCAACACACGUCAUUCACCUCGCAGCAAUGGUGGGAGGCCUCUUCCUGCACUUGAGAAAGAACCUGGACUUCUGGAGAAAGAACAUGGCCAUCAACGACAACAUCCUGCACACAGCUCACGAGUUCAACGUGGUGAAGGUGGUCUCCUGCCUGUCGACGUGCAUCUUCCCAGAUAAAACCACCUACCCUAUAGACGAGACCAUGAUCCAUAACGGUCCUCCUCACACGUCUAACUCUGGAUAUGCCUACGCCAAACGGAUGGUCGAUGUUCACAACAGGGCUUUGUUUCAGCAGCACGGCCGACGCUACACCGCCAUCAUCCCCACAAACAUCUUUGGUCCACACGACAACUACAGUAUAGAGGACGCCCACGUUCUGCCUGCACUGAUUCACAAGACCUACCUAGCAAAGAGGGACGGCACGGCUCUGGAGGUCUGGGGUUCUGGUAUUGGACUCCGGCAGUUCAUCUACUCUCUGGAUCUGGCUCGUCUCUAUCUGUGGGUGUUGAGAGAAUAUGAUGAGGUGGACCCCAUAAUACUGUCAGUUGGAGAGGAUGAAGAGAUCACUGUGAAGGAUGUUGUGGAUGCGAUAGUGGAAGCCUUUGAGUUCACAGGACCUGUGAUUUACGACACAAGCAAAUCUGACGGUCAGCUGAAGAAAACAGCCAGCAAUGCCAAACUCCGCAGCUACCGUCCAGACUUCACCUUUACUCCUUUCAAACAAGCCGUCAAGGAGACGUGUGAUUGGUUUGCAGCCAAUUACGACAACGCCCGGAAAUGAGAGUCCUGCCCCCCCCCUGCUGUGGAGAGAAACACAGCACUUCCUGCACUACAGAACCUCAGAAUCACCAGCUAGAUACUGUGAAUAAAGCCGUGAACACUCAGAUCUACAGCAGAUUUACAGCAGAUUUAUCUGCUCAACCGGCAGGACUGAAUGUAUGAUUUUUGCACUACAACAUCUGCAGGACCUUCUCCAGUACCAAACACAACAAUAAUUCAGGGAUUACAGGGAAUUCAUGUUUUGGGUUAAGGGGGUUUUGUGGGUGGGGGUAUUCUGUAUGUAUAUUGAUGUCAAUUUUACUUAAACUUGCUUUUUUAUUAUCAUGUUUGUGAUAACAGAAUUGCUUAGGCUGUUCAAAUAUGUGACAUUUGCUGAUGUUUAGCAAGAGAUCAGGAGGUGAUUGAGGGGAUCUAUCACUUGGUUUGUUGGUGAACAACUUUCAAAAAUUAAAUUAUCUACCAACAAGACAAAGCCAGACUCCAUAACUCUCAUCAACUGAUGGAGUAAGGAUGUUUAGGGACCAGAUUUUAGCCAUAUUUGGAGUUCAUAUAACUGUUGGGAAAUGCCUAGAGAAUAAGUUCAAUUAAAUCAGAGAGUCUCAACUGGUCUCAGCCCAGAACCCACAUUUUCUCAUGGUCAUUAAGUGGCGACCCACUUUUAUAGAAUACAAACCAAACUAAUUUAUUUUUGAAAAAUCAAUUUAAACAUAUAUAUGUUUGCAAAGUAAAUUUAAGAGCAUUUUGUAAGAAACUGGGAGAAACAUAACAUACUAAACAAUAAACAAUAAAAUUAAAUAUCAAAACUGCACAAAAUAAGUACGGCCACAAAAUUAGAUAUUUCACUUCUAUGCAUUUAGAGAACAUUAGAGUCUCUCUGUCUCUUUUUCCCCCAAUAUGAAAUCAGAUUUUAAAGCUACUUAUUGAACUUUACCGUUGCGGUAAAAAAGUAGAGGGGAUUCAAUACUAUGGUCAAAAAUCGAGAGCAUAGUUGUAAUACAAGCGAUGGUCAAAACCAGAGAAAGAAUAAUCUUAUACAUCAGAACAAAAAAAUUCUAGACAAAAGAGAAAUCCUGAGCCAAAAAACAGUCUAAAAAUCAGAAAACACAGAACAAACAAAGCAAAAGGGCCGAAAAUCGAAGUCGAACAUAAGAAAAAGGGUCAAAACAUGGAAAUACAAUCGGUAAGAAAAUGCUCAGUAUGCUGGAUAAACAGUGACAAUACUUUGCAAAAAAAAAAUAGUACAAGCAGUCUAUUUUGAGGGCUUUAUUUGCAUGUACAAAUUACUAACAGCCAAAAUCAACUCUAGAAUUCCGGAGAUGACGAUUGUGAGAAAGUGCAGCGGUUGGCCGAGUCUGAAUACAAUAGGUUUUUUUAGGUGCGUGCUGGAAAUUGAAGAAAGCAUUAUAAAAAUAUAUAUAUUAAAAAAAGUGGUAUGAGGUCAUCCAGACCAGUUUAGGACCUCCAGCAGUGGACCAUGUUUUUCUAAAACCUGGACCAUCUGUUCACCCAGAUAGUACAGAUUAUUUUUUUUAUAGAACCCAAAACGCUGCUAAUCUGGUUUAAGAACCUUUGAUCGACACAAUGCUGAGGAACACUCUUAGUUGUAGUCUUUUUUAAUUAUUAUUUUUUUGUGUGGGAAUCAAAGAUUAUUACAAAAAGAGCAUCUGAGCAGAUUUGUUAGAUGUGUAUUUUUAUAGAUGCUGCUUAAGUGUCUUAUUUAAAGAUUUCUUAUGAUCAUUUUUUUAUUUGACCAAAUUAUGAAACUGUAUUUGAACUAUUAAAAAGUCUAAAGAGUCUAUAACACUGAGAACCA